CAAGAGUUGAUCCACCCAGGCCAGGCACCCGCCCGUCCCCCGGCGGCGGAGAUGGCGAGGAACGAGACGGCGGCCGCGGCCGCGCCGGGCGUCGACUUCCACCUUCCCGACGAGAUCCUGGCCGUGAUCCCCACCGACCCGUACGAGCAGCUGGACGUGGCGCGCAAGAUCACCUCCAUGGCCAUCGCCUCCCGCGUCUCCCGCCUCGAGGCCGACGCUGCGCGCCUCCGCCGUGACCUCGCCGACCGUGACCGCGCCGAGGCCGACCUCCGCGCCUGCCUCGCCGACUCCGACGCGCGCCUUGCCACCGCUCUCGACGAGAACGCGAAGCUGGCGAAGGAAAGGGACUCGCUCGCGGCGACGGUCAAAAAGCUGACCAGGAAUUUGGCGAAGUUGGAGGCUUUUAAGAAACAAUUGAUGAAAUCAUUGAGUGAAGAUAAUCUAUUGCAACUGUCUGAAACCAGUCAAGAUCACAACGCAGAAGAUUUGACAGCUCGAGUCCCAUUUUGGAAAGAUGAAGUUUCGAGCAGUAACACUUCUUCAGAUGCCUCCAGCAGAUCUACAAUUACUGAAUCCGUCCAUGACGGAGGAUACCAGUUCUCGAUCACACCAUAUAUGCCUCCAAAAUUAACUCCUGGCUCAACAACUAUGAUUUCGUCCUCUAGUGGUUCUCCCCGAGCUUAUUCAACUGGCCCACCCUCUCCCAAGUUCUUAUCUGGUCCGACUUCACCUGCAAAAGCUCGAUCUGAGGGCCAAUUGGCAUUUUCAUCAUGGCAAGGAUCAUCAAGUCAUCAGUAUUCAGCACCUACCUCUCCUCCCCAACGCCGCUCAUUCACAGGGCGACCACGUAUAGAUGGGAAGGAAUUCUUCCGACAAGCACGGACAAGACUUUCGUAUGAGCAAUUUGGAGCAUUUUUGGCCAAUAUCAAGGAGUUCAAUGCUCAGAAACAAUCACGGGAGGACACCCUGUCAAAAGCAGAAGAGAUUUUUGGAACAGAACACAAUGAUCUGUACAUUUCUUUCCAGAAUAUGCUUAACCGAAACUAAUCAUGAAAAUUUGUCAGAAGUAGUAUUUUCUCUCAAAAUCAAGCAGGGUAGAUUCUGUUGGAAUAAACGAUGCCCUUCCGUAGGUUCUCAAGAUCACAUUGUAGAGAUAUGUAUAUAGGCCACCUUAAUUCGAGGUGUUCCUUCUCAAUAAUUUGGAGCUGUGACUUAAAAGCGGAAAUCGCAUAGCAUACAUUCACUCAUUCCCUGAAAUUCAAGGCUUCCUGCUUGUCUUUCUGCUGUAAAUCCGGAUGCAGAUCUCUUGAGCUAUUAAGGUGCCUUCCCUAGUUCCCUUUGUAGAAAGCUGUAUAAAACUGCCCUUUGCCGUUCUUCUAACUGCCAAGGGUACACGGAAUGGAUAUAUGAUCACGGUGCAUUCGUU